ACUCUACAUGAUCGAACUACCAAGUCUCUCCUUCACUUGCACAAGAAAAAGAAACCACCCAGUAUAAGUGCACAAUUUCAGGCAUCAUUGAACAAGCUUUUAGAAACACUAGGGAAAGCCGAACCUUUCUUCAUUAGAUGCAUCCGCUCGAAUUCUGAAAAGAUGGAAAUGACCUUUGAUGAAGUUCUGGUACUUCAGCAACUUCGAUACACUGGAAUGCUGGAAACUGUGAGGAUCCGGAGAUCUGGAUAUAGUGCAAAAUACCCCUAUCAGGAAUUUAAAGACCAGUUUCAGGUGCUGCUACCUAAGUCAUCUACGGAUCUGAAAGCAGACAUCACAUCCCUGCUGAAUAGACUGUGCUUUGAUCCACAUAACUACCAGCUGGGAAAAACAAAG